AUUCACAAAGGAGACAUACCCUUUGGUUGUGAUGCAUGUGGAAAAAGAUUUGUGCAGAAGUCAACUUUAGAUAAACACAUGAUAAUUCACACAGGAGACAAACCCUUUGGUUGUGAUGUAUGUGGAAAAAGAUUUUGCUACAAGUCAGUUUUAAAAAGCCACAUGAGAAUUCACAAAGGAGACAAACCCUUUAGAUGUGAUGUAUGUGGAAAAAGAUUUUGCUACAAGUCAGUUUUAAAAAGCCACAUGAGAAUUCACAAAGGAGACAAAACCUUUGGUUGUGAUGUAUGUGGAAAAAGGUUUUGCUACAAGUCACAAUUAAACACACACAUGCAAAUUCACACAGGAGAUAAACCUUUUGGUUGUGAUGCAUGUGGAAAAAGAUAUGUCUUCAAGUCACAAUUAAACACACACAUGAGAAUCCACACUGGAGACAAACCCUUUGGUUGUGAGGCAUGCGGAAAAGACUUUGUGCGGAAGUCAUAUUUAAACAAACACAUGAGAAUUCACACAGGAGACAAACCUUUUAGUUGUGAUGCAUGUGGAAAAAGAUUUGCCUGGAAGUCAUAUUUAGACAAACACAUGAGAACUCACACAGGAGACAAACCUUUUAGUUGUGAUGCAUGUGGAAAAAUAUUUGCUUUGAAGUCAUAUUUAGACAAACACAUGAGAAUCCACACAGAAGACAAACCCUUUGCCUGUGAUGCAUGUGGAAAGAGAUUUUCCUGGAAGUCAAAUUUAGAUAGACACAUGCGAAUCCACACAGGAGACAAACCUUUGCUUGUGACACAUGUGGAAAAAGUUCUGCUUCAAAAUCAUAUUUAAACAAACACAUGACAAAUCCACACAGGAGAGAAAAAACAUUUGGUUCAGAUACUUGUGGCAACUUCUUUGCCUUCAAGUCAUCUUUAAACAUACACACAAGAAUCCAAACUGGAGAGACACUUUUUUGAUGAAAUAAAAGAUAAACCCUU